AUGGCCAAGCUCCACUUCGUCCGGCCCCGGCUCAGCGCCUCCCCCAACCGCUCCGGGCUCUGGCGGCAUAGCUCCGGCGCCCAUUCCAGCGCGGGCCCUAGCGAGACCUCCCGAACCGAGUGUUUGGGAGCUCUGGGGCGGGGGCGCCCAGCAGGAAGGCCCCCUCCCUUCCACUGCUGCGGCCCCGCCCGGGCGCGCACCACCAGAUCCCGAGCUCCCCACCCGCUGCAGCCCCGGGGGGCGGGGCGGGGCCGGGGGCGGUGCGCAGACGGCUGGGACUCCCUCCAGCUCCGCGCCGGCAGCUCCGCGGCCAUGGGGGCGCGGCUGGGCCGGCGGACCAGACCCGAGGCGGGCUCAGAAGCCGGGGCAGCGGCGGGGUGCGGGCCCGCGCCCUUUGAGCGCCGGGUGCGCUGGCUCCGCGAGAUCCAGUCCAUGCUCCGUGAGCGGCGGCCCGAGCGCGCCCGGCAGCUACUGCGCCUCCUGCGCCAGGACCUGGGCCUCGAGGGGACCCUCCUCACCGACAUCCUCUACAGGAAUGUGGCCUUCCUCAAUCUGGUGGACCCCAUCUCCCAUGACCUGCUUGUGAACCUGUCCCGGGACCUGCAGUGCCCCAAAACGGACUAUGAGCUCUGGAAGUCCUCAGAUAAGAUCUGCCGCCAGCUCAUCUACCACCUCACCCCUCACUCCAAGCGGCAGCGAGGGUCCAGCCUGCCCCGGAGGAAGACUCAGAGCUGCCUCAAGAGCAGUCUCCAGAUGACUCAGCUGGCGGGAGAGACCGUGAACCUCUCAGGGAUCCCACUCACCGCACGGGAUGUGCAACACAUUACCCGCUACCUGCGAAGCCAGGGAGCCGGGCUUACGGUGCUGGACUUGAGCUUCACGGGGCUGAGCGAUGAGCUCUUGCGCCUGCUGCUGCCCAGCCUCUGGUCACUGCCCCACCUCACCCAGCUCCUGCUCAACGGCAACAGGCUGACCAGGGCCACUGCGCGCGAGCUCACCGAGGCCAUCAAGGACUCUGCCAAGUUCCCCGCGCUGGCCUGGGUGGACCUGGGCAACAACGUGGACGUGGCCUCCUUGCCCCAGCCCCUGCUGGUCGGCCUGCGCCGGCGGCUCAGCCAGCGCACCUCACUCCCCACCAUCUACGAGGGCCUGGACCUUGAGCCCGAGGGUGGCGUGGCUGGGGCCAGCUCUGCUGCCUCCACCUGGGGUUCUGCAGCCACUGGGCCAGGGUCUGAGCCCCAGGCCUGCUGCACGAGGUGACCCACCACCCACCUCCCACCAGAGGGCCAAUGCUCCCAGGCACGGGGGAUGGGGGCGAUGGAGACCCUCCAGGCCUCCAGGGAUCCAGCGUACAUGCUCAGCCUGGGAUGGAGUGUCAGGCUUCCCUCAGCAGGGAGCACCCAGCACCUGCUGGGCCCAUCCUGCAGUAAAUGGUGAUGCCCUCCUCCGCCUCAGCCUUUCUGCACCGUGGACCUCGGGGCCACUUAGUGCCAGCCCUGCUUUUGGAGUUGGGAGAAGGGGUGGCCAAAGAGUCAC